AUGCCAGUUUCAUAUGCCAUUAUACCAAGAACAAAAGACUUCCAUUGGCCCUUGGGCAGCGAUGACUCAGCAGACUUAGACUCUGAGGAAUCGGCUAGCAGCAGUGAGUCAGGAGUUAGUGAGGAGAUCAGUGAGGAGGAGGAGGAGUCAGAGGAGGAGUCAGAGGAGGGCAGCAGUCGCAGGAGGACCACGCGCUCCUCCAAGAAGAAGAAGAAGAAGGAGGAGAGGAGCUACGCCCAGAAGAAGAAACGCCGUCGCAUUAAGGUUCAGGACUCUUCAUCUGACGAGAAGGUAUGGGGGGUGAAAGGUAUGGGGGGUGAAAGACACUCUAAAGGACAGAGGAAGAAGAUCAGAAAAAUCCUCAAGGACGACAAGCUGAGGACGGAGACGAGGGAUGCCCUGAAGGAGGAGGAGGAGAGGAGGAGACUCGCUGAGAGGGAGCAGCUCAGGGAGAAACUCAGAGAGGUACUCGUGGUGGAGGAGGCGUCCGCCGUUGCUUGUCCAAUCACAACCAAGCUGGUGCUGGAUGAAGACGAGGAGACCAAGGAGCCCAUGGUGCAGGUUCACCGCAAUCUGGUCACGAAGCUCAAACCACACCAGGUCGACGGGGUCCAGUUCAUGUGGGACUGCUGUUGUGAGUCGGUGAAGAAAACCAACAAGAACUCUGGUUCUGGAUGUAUCCUGGCUCACUGUAUGGGCCUGGGAAAAACACUGCAGGUGGUAACCCUCCUCCACACACUGCUGUGUGAAAAGUUAGACUUCUCCACGGCUCUGAUCGUCUGUCCUCUCAACACCGUUCUCAACUGGCUCAACGAGUUUGAGAAGUGGCAGUAUGGCUUCAGGACGAGGAGAGUGACGGAGCUGGCCACGGUGAAGCGUCCUCAGGAGGCGUCUGCUCUGCAGCAGUGGCAGGAGGAUGGAGGAAUCAUGAUCAUUGGCUAUGAGAUGUACCGUAACCUCACUCAGGGUAGAAACAUCAAGAGCAAGAAACUCAAAGAGACCUUCCAGAAGACCCUGGUUGACCCAGGCCCAGACUUUGUGAUCUGUGAUGAGGGCCACAUCUUGAAGAACGAGGCGUCGGCCAUCUCUAAAGCCAUGAACUCCAUCAAGACCCGACGGAGAGUGGUGCUCACCGGCACUCCACUGCAGAACAACCUCAUAGAGUACCACUGCAUGGUGAACUUCAUCAAGGAGAACCUGCUGGGGUCAGUGAAGGAGUUCAGGAACCGCUUCGUCAACCCCAUCCAGAACGGGCAGGCAGCGGACUCCACAGACCAGGAUGUACGCAUCAUGAAGAAGAGGGCCCACAUCCUCUACGAGAUGCUCAAUGGAUGUGUUCAGAGAAGAGACUACUCUGCCCUGACCAAGUUCCUGCCUCCUAAACAUGAGUACGUUGUGUCCGUCAGAGUCACGCCCAUCCAGUGUACUCUAUACCGACACUACCUGGAGCACUUAACAGGUGCGGGGAACGCGGUGGAGGGGGGUCGGGGCCGAGCCGGGACCAAACUGUUCCAGGACUUCCAGAUGCUCAGCAGAAUCUGGACCCAUCCCUGGUGCCUGCAGCUGGACUACAUCAGCAAGGAAAACAAGGGGUACUUUGACGAGGACAGCAUGGACGAGUUCAUCGCCUCGGAGACCGAGGAGUCUUCCAUGAGCAUGACCUCUGAAGACGAGAAACAGAAAAAGAAGAAGAAGCGGGGGAAGGCCAGGAAGAAGGACAGUGACUCAGACAGUGACGCUCUCGAGGUGAUUAAGGAGUGGAACACCAGCUCCCGAGGGGGAGACCCCUCCAGCCGCAACCGGGCGGAGCCACAGGAGGAAGUGCGCCCAGCUUCCAGCCCUGGCACCAGGAGUCCUGACUGGCACAAGGAGUUUGUUACGGAGGCCGACUCUGAGAUCCUGGAGCAUUCUGGGAAGAUGGUGCUGCUGUUUGAGAUUCUCCGUAUGGCCGAGGAGGUGGAAGACAAAGUUCUGGUGUUCAGUCAGUCUCUGAUCUCUCUGGACCUGAUUGAAGACUUCCUGGAGCUGGCUGGCCGAGCCAAAGAGGAGGAGAAACAGUCUCCCUACAAAGGUGAGGGGAAGUGGUUCCGGAACAUAGACUACUACCGCUUGGACGGCUCCACCAAUGCCCUGAACCGGAAGAAGUGGGCAGAGGAGUUCAAUGACACCAGCAACGUCAGAGGUCGGUUGUUCCUGAUCUCGACCAGGGCUGGUUCUCUGGGCAUCAACCUGAUCGGAGCUAACAGGGUCAUCAUCUUCGACGCGUCCUGGAACCCGUCGUACGACAUCCAGAGUAUCUUCAGGCUCUACCGCUUCGGACAGCUCAAGACCUGCUACGUCUACCGAUUCCUGGCUCAGGGUACUAUGGAAGAGAAGAUCUAUGACCGCCAGGUGGCUAAACAGUCUCUAUCCUUCAGAGUGGUGGAUCAACAGCAGAUAGAGAGACAUUUCACCAUGAAUGAGCUGACGGAGCUCUACGCCUUUGAACCUGACCUUCUGGAUGAUCCCACUGGCAAGAAGAGCAAGAGGACCACUCCUAUGCUGCCAAAGGACCCCUUCCUAGCUGAGCUGCUCCACAGCAAUAAGGAGCAGAUUGUGGGCUAUCAUGAACAUGACUCCCUACUGGAUCACAAGGAAGAGGAGGCUCUCAGCGAGGAGGACCGCAAAGCAGCCUGGGCCGAGUACGAGGCGGAGAAGAAGGGUCUGUCUCUGCGUGUGAACCAUGGAGCGUACGGAGGACAGAUGGACAUGGGAGGAGCUAACAGCUACUUCCCCUUCAACGCUGCCGCACUGGCCUCUAUGUCCAACCCUCAGCUGGAGGAGUUGAUCAACCAGGGCCGUCAGAAGGUGAUGGAGGCCACCAACGCUCUCAAAUUCCUCCCCAGAGAAUCUCUAGAGGACACCAUCGGGAGAGUGUGGAAGGAGAACCCGGCCCUCACGGAGUCCCAGGUCCAGGCCAUGGCUCUGGGGAGACAGGCCAGUGUAGAGAUGGAGCUCAAACGAAGAGAAGCUGUCUACAGAGAUGUCCUCAAUAAGCAACAGACUCUAAUGAUGUACGUUCAGAAGGUGAUCACCAACAGGAAGGUGAGAGAGCAGCAGAUGGCCAUGGCCAACCAGGCCCAGCUGAUGAGCCAGAUGAACGGCAUGCUGGGAGCUGGCGGGAUGAGCCAGAUGGAACUCUUGGGGUUGUACCAACAGCUGGGGGCGCUACAGGGUCAUCCACCCACCCCUCCAUGGGGCAAGAACCCCGGCCCCUCCAAGGGCAACCUGUAAGGGGAGGGGGACCCAGGGCUUGCUCCACAUAGUCCCCUAUCUAUUCUCUACAUAGUGCACUAUCCACUUCAUAUUGUCUCUGGUCAAAAGUAGUGCACUAUUUAGGCAAUAGGGUAUCAUUUGGGACUCAGACCCACUCACUGCCCCCUCACUGUCUCAGUAGGUCGCUCCCUGAUGCUGCUCCAUCUCCUAUGUAGUGCACUAGAUGGAGCCCAGAUCCCUAGGGUUUUGGUUAGAAGUAGUGCACUAUGUAGGGGAUAGGGGUGGGAUCUGGGCCGUUGCCCGCUGUCCUUACAACCCUCCUUCACUGGGGAGGUGAGAGACGACACAGAGAGAAGGGUCUCGGAGCCCCUCGCCACUCCUUCCAGCUCUCCUGAAGCAGGGAAUGACAUGACUUGUAUAGGGACUAUAUGAAGGCGUUUUAGAAAUGUCAUUUGAAAUUCUGUAUAUACAGCCUUAAUGUUAUUCAACUUCUCUUCUGUCUUCAGUUUUCAUGUAUUUAAAAUAACGUAAGGAAAGGGAAAUGUUUUUGUCCCAAUGCUUUUAAGCAUUACGUUAUUCUUUCCCCUUAAAGAAGGGUUGUUUAAUGAAUUGAUUAUUCUGUAAGUUGUGUUUUGAUACAGUUUUAAUGAAUGCCUGUCUAUCUAAAGAACCCCCAGAGGGAGACCAUAGUGCUGACAGGACUGUUUCAGGAUAUUAAACAUUAGAUUAUUAGAUCCCCUAUAGAACCCUCCCUCUACCAAGACACACGCAGGCAGACAGACACACGCAGGCAGACAGACACACGCAGGCAGACAGACACACGCAGGCAGACAGACACACGCAGGCAGACAGACACACGCAGGCAGACAGACACACGCAGGCAGACAGA